AACUGCUUUUUAUUUCUCUUUAGGAGGGGAAGCUGUUGAACGCUCUCGUCGCAUCUACACAGUCAUGGCUGAUGCUACAGAAAAUAUUUCAAAAACCCGCAAGAGGAAGAGAAGCCUGUGGAACAAACUCGUCCUGCUCAUGUGGAAGAACCUCCUGCUGAGGAAGAGACAUUGGGUCCUGACCGCCUUCGAGAUCCUCCUCCCCACGCUCCUCUUCACCCUCCUCCUUACCAUCCGUGUCCUCCCAGAUUCGGCCUUCCUGCCAUCCUACGUGAACGAGAGCGUCGAAUUCAGAACGGCCUCGGAAUGUGUCCUCAAAAAAGAGCUUUGCACGAAAUACGGUUUUUGGUCAGAGGAACUACGACGGUGUUUUGUCCCAGAUAACAUUGACGACAUAACGCUACCUACGCUGGCUCCUUCGGUCAUAGACGGUCUGGAAGGUCUAAACUUGACCGAGGCUGACCUUUCCGACCCCGAGAGCAUUUUGACGAUACUGGAAAACGUGAACCAGAUGGACCCGGAGAGUAUAAACCUGGAGAUCACUCAGUCGAUCUUGGAAAACCUGGAUCCUUGCAUAUUGGAGAGAUUCAAUGAUACUUCCUUCGAAGGCAUGGGACCGGCAGAAAUAUUGGGCAUAUUGGGGUCUCUUCUAUCCAAUAUUUCGCUGCCGGAAUUUCCCGACGGCUCGAACUUCAGUUAUCCGGGAGAGAGGAAGAUCUUCUACGGUCCACCUGGAGGCUUUAGCAGGGGCGUAGCCGAGUAUUUGGCCGAUGUUCUCCGUCUCGGUCAUCACGUGCUGACCCCCGUGACCAGCAACGAGGACUUAGACACGCAGGUUGACAAGUCGUACUUCGCCACCAACGACUCCUUUGCGGCCUUCUACAUCGGCCUCUUCUUCAACGAUCUCAACGACACGGAAGUGCCACCUCAACACCUGAAGUAUGACCUCAGAUUGGCGGGGUUGUGGUUCACUGACCUGCUCUACCCCUUUCUGCAGAUCCCUGGACCGAGAGAUUUUACAAUUCUUACUGAAAGCUACGGCAUGGACGGAUUCACGCUGAUCCAGAGCUUGGUGGACAGAUAUUACAUCUCCCAGGUGACGGGGGAGCCUCAGUACAGAAUGCAGUACAGGCUAUACACUCAGAUGUACCCGUACCCACCCUACACCCAGGACUACGGAAUGAGCCAGUUCUAUGGGUCCGCUUUGCCCACCUUCGUCGUACUGUCUCUCGUCCUCCUGUCGCCGUCGCUCAUCAAAAGUGUUGUUUACGAGAAGGAAACGGGCGUGAGGGAACUGAUUCGUCUCAUGGGCUUAGAAAGAUGGCUGGUCUGGUUCGGUUGGUUCCUGCAUUCCUUCAUCAUCAUCCUUGUCGUCUCAACCAUCAUGACGAUUCUACUCAAGUUGGAACUCACGCCCAUGGAUGACACGUCGGGUUUUCUGCCGCCCAUUAUCAUCCACACGGAUCCCUUCUUCAUGUGGGUGCUCUUCGUGCUCUUAUGGCGUGUCAUCCAUCGCCUUCUGCUUCGCUGUUGUCGGUUCUUCAGCCGGCCCACGCUCGCCACAACCUUGGGCAUCCUGCUGUGGCUGGUAUCCUACUUCCUGCCUCGUCAGCUGAUGGACUUCGAGUACAACGACCUUGGUCUGGCGCCGAAGAUCCUGUCCUGCUUCUUACCCAACAUGGCCAUCACCUGGGCCUUCAGGAUUAUCGCUAUGUUUGAAGGGAGAUCGUUGGGCGUGCAGUGGAGCCGCCUGUGGGACACCGGCAACCCAGAUCAGCUGACUCCGGCUAUGGUCCUCAUCAUGCUGGCCGUCGAUACCAUUUUGUACCUUUUCAUCACAUGGUACGUCGAUCACGUCAGCCCGGGCAAAUAUGGAGUUCCCUUGCCAUGGUACUUCCCUUUCCAGAGGAGCUACUGGUGUGGUGCGUCUACGACAGAGGAUCACUCUCGAGGCUUCGGCUCUGAGUCAUCGGAGAACGAGUACUUCGAGGAGGAACCGGACGGUCUCAAGCCGGGAAUCACUAUAAAGAAAUUACGGAAGGAGUUUAAGACACUAGGAGGGAAGACGAAGGUGGCUGUCGAGGACGUGUCUCUGACGUGUUACGAAGGCCAAUGCACGGUCUUGCUGGGGCACAACGGCGCUGGCAAGACCACUACGAUGUCCGUCCUCACAGGUGUGUACGCCCCUUCGGCUGGCUACGCAGAAGUGGGCGGCUGGGACAUCGCCACCAACCUGAAGAAGGCGAGGGAGGAGAUCGGACUGUGCCCACAACACAAUAUGCUGUUCAUUGACCUCACAGUCCUCCAGCAUCUCCUCUUCUUCGGUAGAUUGAAAGGAAUGACAACGAAAGACGCUCGCAAGGAAGCCGAGGAGCUCAUGCAACGCCUGGAACUGAAGGAGAAGAAGAACAUGUUUGGUAACCAGCUGUCCGGAGGCAUGAAGAGGAAGCUUUGCCUCGCCAUUGCUCUCAUCGGAGGCUCGAAGGUGGUGAUUCUCGACGAGCCGAGCAGCGGCCUCGACCCGGAGUCCCGACGAUGGGUGUGGGAAGUGGCAAGGGAACGUGGGCGCCGGACCGUCCUCGUCACCACACACCACAUGGAAGAGGCCGACGUGCUGGGCGACCGCAUAGCCAUCAUGGCGUCGGGCAGGGUCGUCUGCUCCGGAUCCACGCUCUUCCUCAAAAACAAAUUCGGUGAUGGAUACACACUGACAAUAAUGGUCUCAGAGGACAGCAGCAUUAAGGACAUACAGACAGAGGUCAUGAAGCACCUUCCUGAAGCGGCCCUGAGGUCAUCUCAGGGGGGUGAAGUGACCUUUAAACUCCCCCCGAUGACAGCCUCCUUCGCCCCUCUUCUCGACUCGCUCACGGAACAGAAAGAGAAAAUGGGAAUCAGACAUCUAGGCCUAUCGCUCACCAGCAUGGAGCAGGUCUUCUUAAGAGUGGGUGACUUCGCUGAGGGCGCUGACAAAGAGUCGUCGCAAGGGCUGAACGGAACACUCUACGACAAGAUUAACAUUAACGACGACGCCAACAACGGGUUCCUCGGCAACCACCAGCAGGGCGCUAAUGGAUACAGUAGUCAGCGCUUUCUUUUCAACAGUCAAGCAGAAGUGGACAUGAGGCUGACAGGAUGGGCGUUAUUGAAGCAGAGAAUAAGAGCGUUUUUCGCCAAAAGGAUGAUUUAUUCCAAGAGGAAAUGGGUUCUCCUUCUUACACAGGGUCUCCUUCCAGUACUAAUCACCAUCAUGUGCCUCUUGGUCGACGCUUCCUUCAACGAGGAGACCUUCCAGGAACCUCCGCGCGUCCUCAACUUGUCAAUGUUUACUCAAAGCAAGUCCUUCGUACACGCUGGCCAAGGCCGUGAGGAUCUCGCUGCCUCUUACCAAAGUCUCUUCUAUGAUCCGUAUGAGGUGGAGUACGCAGACAACCUGACUGACAGACUCUUAGCUGAAGCAGAUAAGGAUAUUUUCCAGUACCGUGAAAAUAACAUUUGUUCGGCCGACUUCGAAGCUGGACUCUUCGGACUAACGACAAACAUGAAGACCAUGUACCAGUCGGUGCCUUACCAUGCCCCAGGAGUUAGUACCACCAUGGUCACUAACGCCCUCCUCAGCUUUGCCACCAACUCAUCUAACCACUCAAUUACCACAGUCAACCGCCCUCUACCACCAAACAGGACGUGGAAGGUGGGCCGAACCAGCACCUCAGGGAGUGCCUUCGUCUACGCUAUGGUGAUGCCCCUCGCUCUCGCCUUCCUGUCGGCCUCCUUCCUCGUGUUCCCUCUGGAGGAGCGAGAGACCAAGGCUAAGCAGGUCCAAGUCAUGACAGGCGCUCCCCUGUGGGCUCUGUGGACCACGACCUUCCUGUGGGACCUCCUCACGUACACGGUGUCCGCUCUGGCCGUCUUCAUCUUCUUCAUGAUAAUGGAUUCGAAGGAUUAUUUCACCGUCGCCCAAGCACCUGGUGCGCUAUUCUUGCUACUACUGUUGUACGGCUGGGGCAGCAUCCCAUGGCUUAUGUCUUCAGCUUCCCCUUCCAAACGGCAGCCUCCGGUUUCGCCGUUUUGGCUCUCAUCAACAUCGUCGCAGGCGAGAUCAUCACGACUGCCGUCUGGGCGCUGGAUCUCUCCGACCAGCCCGACCAUCAUUGUUAGUGAUGUUCUACACUGGGUUACUUCCCUUAUCCCAGCAUACCCGGCCUCCAUGGCCUUCAUGCACCUGGUUGACACGAGUACAUACAACACCCAGUGCGACCAGUUCAAUGAGACCCCAAUGUGCAGAGGUGGGCACAGGAUCUGCUUUGAAAAACACUCUUACUUCAUGUUCAAUAGCAACGGCAUGGGACCCAAUCUGCUCACGCUGUUCAUCAAUGGUGUAAUCUUCCUGUCAGUCCUCGUGUUAUUGGAAAGCAAGGCUGCCAAAAUGCUGAAGCAUGAGUACAUGGUGGCGGAUAGUGACUCGUUGCUCGCAGGUAAAGCUAGUAAGACGACCCCUGCCUGGGAGUUAACACAGGACAACGACGUCGCAGCAGAGGCUGACUUAGUACGAAAUGUGUUUGAGUCGCGUCAGGCUGGAGGUGGGUUGGAUGACUCUACCCUGCUCGUCUCCAGCUUGAAGAAGCAGUUUCUGGGAGCCCCUCGACCAGCGAUGAAGGAACCCUCUUCAGGAGACGCCAUGGUAGAUAACAUAUCACUUCACAGGGAUAAGAACAAGUUCGUGCAGCAGAUAGGAUACUGCCCUCAAUUUGACGCUGUUCUAGGCGAACUAACAGCCAUCGAGAUGCUGACGCUCGUGGGCAGACUAAGAGGAGUCAGCGACGCACGGAUGAAGCGCUUGGUUAAUGAGUUGGUGACUCUGGUUGGACUCACAGAAUGUGCGCUGCGUCCUUCUUCGACGUAUUCGGGAGGAAACCGCAGGAAACUCUCCACUGCCAUGGCGCUAGUUGGAUCGCCGCAGCUGGUGUUCCUUGACGAGCCAACCUCAGGCGUCGACCCAGCAUCUCGACGUCGAGUGUGGACCGCCGUCACGAAGGCAAUCAACAACGGCCAGAGUGUGGUCCUCACCAGUCAUUCCAUGGAGGAGUGCGAGGCGCUAUGUUCUCGUAUCAUUAUUAUGUCUCGUGGAACCCUUCGUUGUGUAGGAACUACGAGCCACUUGAAGGCUAAGUUUGGCCAAGGUUACAGUCUCCAAAUAAAACUGAGAACCCAUGGCUUAUGUCCCAAGGGCGCUACAAACACUGAAGACAUCUACACAUCAAAGGUGCAGCAAGUAAAGAGUUCCAUCAGUUACUAUCUUCCUGGAGCCGUCAUUAUAGACCAACAUAAGGGCAUGUUGUCGUACAGGAUCCCGACUAGGAUAUCGUGGGGGCGACUCUUCUCCGUGAUGGAGGCGCUGAAGAGUGGCAGGCAACCCAGCGACCGAGAUAGUGACGCCAUCGCCAGUCCCGUCGCCAACCCGCAAGAGUCAAUCGUGGAGGACUACGCUGCCUCAGACACUUCGUUGGAGCAAGUGUUCUUGACUUUCGCCCGAGAAGCUUCGGGCGAAAAUCAGAAUAAAGACAUUCCUCAGGAAGUCGUCACGAAAUUGUGAAGUCGCGUCUAGCCUUCCAUGCGCCGGGUUCUACGUGGCGGAUUGGCGUGAAUGUGUUUGAAUGUAUGUGUUUGUGUGCGUAUGUGACAUAG